AUGAAUCGCAGAGAUCAGAAUCCUGAUAUCAACGAGCAGUCACCGCUCAUCGCAGCGGAACGCAGUCCUCGCCAUGUGGACGAGGAGGCGGGACCUAUCUCGCCAUUGUCGCCCUUAUCCGAAGACUCACUUACACCCGAGGCGGACUUCAAGCUCGAUAAUGAGCCGGUCGAGUCGAAAAGUGUCUGGUAUCUAAUCCUGCUCACGCUCAGCAUCGGCGGCCUUCAGAUCGUCUGGUCUGUUGAGAUCUCCAAUGGCUCACCGUUCCUCCUCUCGCUCGGCAUGAGCAAGGCCCUGGUCGCCUUUGUUUGGGUGGCAGGGCCGGUCACGGGUGUGCUUGUGCAACCGUACAUCGGCCUUAAAAGCGACAGAUGCCGCAUCUCAUGGGGCAGAAGGAAGCCGUUUAUGGUUGGUGGCGCACUCGGCACGGCUGUUGCUUCUCUGCUGCUGGCCUAUGCGAAGGACAUUAUGAGCGUCUUUGGGUUGAUGGCGGGAACAGAUGGCAAAUACGAGGGUAUCUGGCGCACGAUGACCAUUGUGUUUGCGACAGUCAUGAUGUGGUGUCUGGACUUCUCCAUCAACGCUGUGCAAGCAGCUAUUCGAGCCUUCAUCGUUGAUGGUGCACCAUCCCACCAACAAGAAGCCGCCAACGCAUGGGCUUCACGCAUGACUGGAGUGGGCAAUGUUAUUGGCUACCUCUUUGGAUACCUCGACUUGCCACAAUACUUCUCCUUCCUGGGCAAUACGCAGUUCAAAGUCCUGGUCACGAUAGCAUCCAUUUCGCUUACCACAACAGUCCUUAUCAGCAUUCUUACCAUUCCGGAGCGGAACCCACAACUUGAUCCGCCGACGAAAGUGCCUGUCGAUGAAGGUGUGCUGGCGUUCUUCAAGCAAGUCUUUGUUGCCAUCAAACGAUUACCUCCACAGAUUCGAAGAGUAUGCGAGAUUCAAUUCUUUCAUUGGAUAGGAUGGUUCCCUUUUCUAUUCUACAUUACUACCUAUAUCGGUCAACUUUAUGUCAACCCGGACCUCCAACCAGGUCUGUCAGAAGACGAAGUUGACGCCCUGUGGGCCAAAGCCACCCGAAUCGGGACACUCGCACUCCUCGUCUAUGCCAUCACCUCCUUCGGGUCCAACAUCAUACUUCCAUUCUUGGUCGUUCCCAGCUACAAACGCGAAGGGUCAGUCUCGGCAGAUGACACGAGAUCCUUUGACCCCACACCGUCAAUGGGGACGUCCUCAUAUGCACCAAUUACACGCAGCAGGGCCAAUAGCGUUGCAGAAGGGUCUUCGUACCAGGACAUUGCAAGUCCGCCGCCAACCUUGAUGCGACGUUUCUUGGUCCGCAUCCAGAUACCAGGACUAACACUGCGUCGGACAUGGUUGCUGUCACAAUUUCUGUUCGUCUUUUGCAUGUUCAGCACCUUCUUCAUCUCUACCUAUCAGGCGGCAGCGGUCAUGACAGCAUUAGUGGGGAUAUCCUGGUCACUGACAUUAUGGGCUCCAUUUGCCCUGAUAUCAGCGGAGAUAUCGGAACGCGAAGAAACGCGGCGGCGAAAGGAACGGCUGAAGCUGCUCAAUCCGAACGAAGAAGAGCUAGAAGAGGGUGAUCAAGCCGGUGUUAUCCUGGGAUUACACAACGUAGCGGUCAGUGCACCACAGAUCUUGGCCACUAUGAUUUGCUCGGCAGUGUUUCAAGCACUGCAGAAACCCCGAGAUGAGCCCGGCGACACCAGCGUUGGAUGGACGUUGCGGAUCGGUGGAGUAGCUACUCUGGUUGCGGCCUGGCUCACGUAUCGAAUGCGAGAACCAGCGCAUUCGGAGCAGCGAAACGUAGGAUAA